CAACAUCUACAAAAAUUCACGAAAGAAUUCAAAUUCCACUUUUCAUCCCUCGGUCUGCCCUGGGGAGUCUCUUCCUCCUCUGGACAAGUUUCUACCUCUCAUAGAGUGUGUUUCUCUAUUCUCUAACAGCUCGGAGUUGAGUCAUAUCGAUUCUCUUUUCUAAGAUUAUCGGUUCUAUGACAAAGAAACCUGUUAAAUACUUUGUGGUGGACGCGUUCACCGAGUCGGCGUUCAAGGGGAACCCUGCCGCAGUGUGUUUGUUGGAAGAAGAGAGGGAGGAAUCAUGGAUGCAAAGCCUAGCAACUGAGUUCAAUCUCUCUGAGACAUGCUACUUGACACGGAUUGCAGACUCCGACAGAUCUGAUAUCUCGUCCAUUGAACCCUCAAAUGAUCGUUUCCACCUCAGAUGGUUCACUCCCACUACAGAGGUUGAACUAUGCGGCCAUGCCACUUUAGCAUCUGCACAUGUUCUUUUUUCAUGUGGUUUGGUGAAGUCCAAUAUUAUUGAAUUUUUCACUCUGUCUGGAGUUCUAACUGCCAAAAAGGUCCCAGGGAUCAAUGAAUCAGGCGCCCCAGAUGAUGGGAUUUUCGUUGAAUUGGAUUUCCCUGCUGAUACAGUUGCUGAGUUCAAUGGUGCUGACAUUUCACAAAUUUCUGCCGCUUUGAAUGGUGCCCAUAUUAUUGAUGUAAAGAGGACAACCAUUGGAGAUAACCUCUUGGUUGAACUUGCUUCAGGAAAAGAAGUUGUAGAACUACAGCCAGAUAUUGGUGCAAUAGAAAAAUGCCCUGGAGGAGGCAUCCUGGUUACAGGGACUGCUUCUCCAGAGUCUGGAUUUGAUUAUUAUUGUCGAACUUUCUUUCCCAAAUUUGGAAUCAAUGAGGAUCCUAUCACUGGAAGUGCACAAUGUGCCUUGGCACCUUACUGGGCCAAAAAACUGGGGAGAUGUGAUCUCAGUGCUUAUGCGGCAUCAUCGAGAAGUGGAGUUGUUCAUGUUCAUUUUGAUGAGCAGAGCAAAAGGAUAUUGAUGCGAGGAAAUGCAGUAACUGUCAUGGAUGGGAGUGUUCUGAUUUGAAUUCCAAGGUUAUUUGAACAUUGCAAAGAAAAAUAGACCCAGAAACUGUAACUGAGUUAAUAGUCAGGAAUUGGAUUUUUAUACCUGAGAUUUGUAAUCUCAGGUUGAUGAUUUAUUUAAAUUGGAUAAAUACUUUUGUGA